AUGGGACUCGAAGGAAUGAUUGCCAAAAGAACCGAUUCUCUUUACCGGGAAGGCACGAGAAACGGUGACUGGCUCAAAAUAAAAAGUCAGCAGACUGAAGAAGUGCUCAUUUGUGGAUUUACCGCACCGAAAGGAGCCAGAAAGAAAUUCGGGUCGCUGAUUCUGGGUAGAUACAAUGGUAAAGAUCUUAUUUUCUGCGGACACACAGGAACGGGUUUCAGCGAUAAAUCUUUAGUGGAAUUGUACGGAAAAAUGGAACCAUUGAUUACAUCGGAAAGUCCGUUUGCCGAAACUCCGAAAACCAAUGACAAAGCAACGUGGAUUAAACCCGAGCUUAUUGCAGAAAUAAAAUUCACAGAACUUACCAAAGACCAUAUUUUCCGUCAUCCGAAACAGCGGAAGCCCGGUCUUGAGGCCCAGCUUUCCCCUGCUCCCAAAAGUGCCCCUUUAAGCAGAGAAGGAAAACUUAAAGGCAAAACUGCUUUGGUCACCGGAGGCGACAGCGGUAUCGGAAAAGCGACCGCACUGCUUUUUGCAAAGGAGGGGGCGAAUUUGGUUAUUGCGUAUCUCAGCGAAGUUUCUGAUGCAAAACAGACCAAAAAAGAAGUACAGAAACUCGGCGGCAAAUGCAUUCUGAUAAAGGGUGAUCUAGGAAAAGAAAAUCACUGUAAAAAAGUCAUUGCCAAAACGAUCGCUGAGUUCGUACGCAGUAUGAUAGUGAUGCCUGGAAAUAAAGGAAACCUG